ACAAUAUAGAUAUGGACAAGUAUAAGCAAGUUGACAGGAUUCCACCUUAACCCAACCCAGAUUUUAAUUUCAUACGUUUAACCAACUAUAGGUAUAUCUUUAUCUUAUUCUUAUAACAAAUUUAAGUCUAAUUUUAUCCUCUUCUAUUUUCCCUUUUUUUUACCAGUUUCUAUCUAGUAUGCUUCGUCAUCUUUUACCCUCAUUUAGGCAUAUCAUAUUCAGUAUUGCAGCAACCAUAUCCAGCUAUUAUCUCUUUCUAUUAUGUAUCAUCAGGUCAAUGAUACCUUGUUCACCCUAUAAUUAGACCUCUACUCCUAUAUAAAAAGAAUUGGAAACACGAAAAAUGGAAAAAUAACACAUAGUUGAUAAGUCUUCAUUCUUAUCAAGAUUUUGCACGAAGAUAAUAAGAGAAAGCCUUUAAUAUAUCAUCACAAUGGAGCAGGGUGGUAAUGAAGACAAGGACACGACGAUCAACAAAUACGCCUUAGCUUGUGUCAUAGUCGCUUCAAUGGUAUCCAUCAUAUCUGGUUAUGAUACUGGUGUCAUGAGUGGAGCUCUGCUAUUCAUAAAGGAAGAUAUCGGAAUUAGCGACACCCAACAAGAAGUUCUAGCAGGAAUCUUAAACAUAUGUGCUCUGGUGGGAUGCUUAGCUGCUGGAAAAACCUCUGAUUACAUUGGUCGUCGCUACACAAUCUUCUUGGCCUCUAUCCUCUUCUUGGUUGGUGCAGUUUUCAUGGGUUAUGGCCCAAACUUUGCAAUCUUAAUGUUUGGAAGAUGUGUGUGUGGUCUGGGUGUGGGAUUUGCUCUCACAACAGCACCAGUUUACUCUGCAGAGCUUUCCUCUGCAUCAACUCGAGGUUUUCUAACUUCCUUACCUGAAGUUUGCAUUGGUCUUGGGAUAUUUAUCGGAUAUAUCUCAAACUACUUCCUCGGGAAACUAGCUUUAACACUUGGAUGGAGACUGAUGCUUGGCCUUGCAGCAAUUCCUUCACUUGGCUUGGCUUUGGGAAUUCUAACAAUGCCAGAGUCUCCAAGGUGGUUGGUGAUGCAGGGUCGUCUAGGAUGUGCCAAGAAGGUACUUUUGGAAGUUUCUAAUACCACAGAAGAGGCUGAACUUCGCUUCAGAGAUAUAAUAGUUUCUGCUGGGUUUGAUGAGAAGUGCAAUGAUGAGUUCGUGAAGCAGCCUCAAAAGUCCCACCAUGGCGAAGGGGUUUGGAAAGAGUUGUUCCUGAGGCCCACACCACCUGUUCGUCGGAUGUUGAUUGCUGCAGUUGGAAUUCACUUCUUUGAGCAUGCAACUGGAAUUGAAGCUGUGAUGUUGUAUGGUCCGAGAAUAUUUAAGAAAGCUGGUGUUACAACCAAGGACAGACUCUUACUUGCAACAAUUGGAACAGGCCUUACAAAGAUCACUUUCUUGACAAUAUCCACAUUUUUGCUUGACAGAGUUGGUAGAAGACGCCUCUUACAAAUAAGCGUUGCAGGAAUGAUUUUCGGGCUUACAAUUUUGGGCUUCAGCUUGACCAUGGUGGAAUACUCUAGUGAAAAGCUUGUGUGGGCCUUGAGCCUUAGCAUUGUGGCAACAUACACUUAUGUUGCUUUCUUUAAUGUUGGGCUUGCACCUGUGACAUGGGUGUAUAGUUCAGAGAUAUUCCCUUUGAGGUUGAGAGCACAAGGGAAUAGCAUAGGAGUUGCGGUCAACAGAGGCAUGAAUGCUGCUAUCUCCAUGAGUUUUAUUUCCAUCUACAAAGCAAUCACUAUAGGUGGGGCCUUCUUCUUGUUUGCUGGCAUGUCUGUGGUAGCUUGGGUGUUCUUUUACUUCUGCCUUCCUGAAACCAAAGGCAAGGCCUUAGAAGAGAUGGAAAUGGUCUUCUCCAAAAAAUCCGAUGAUAAAACUGUAGCGACAUGAGCGAAUACAAGAUGAUUGUGUUUGGUAGAAACAACAUUGGACAAGAUGGCGUGUGCAAUUUGGCUUAAGGCUAUUAAUAUAAUCAACAUUUUCCAUGUUAAUCGGUCGGGGAUACAUGCAAAUAAUUCUUCAUCAUCCUUCUUUAGAAAAUUGUACAUCAUAAAAAAUUUCCCUUGUAAAUAUAUAAAAAAAAAUUGCCCUUGUAAUUUUUUGUAACAUGGAAAAAUCUUAAGAGUAUUUUUAUCUCAUUUUCUACCA